UAUAAGGCUCAAUUCAACAUGUAGUUGGCAUAGUUAUUCAGCUGUUAGACAUGAAUACUUCUGCUGUUGCUUUGUUCUGCGCUAUUGCCGUAGGCCUAGCUGCUGCCAAACUCAGUGGAUCUGGCACUACUACCCGCUACUGGGACUGUUGCAAGCCAUCUUGCUCAUGGAAAGAAAAUACCGGAACCCAUGAUGCCGUGGCUUCUUGCAGUAUGCUUAUGGAUUCGUAGCUGCAUCAUUCACUGGUGGAAGUGACACUUCAUACUGUAGCGUUUGUUUGAAGCUCACUUUUACUGAAUCGCCCCUCGAAGGCAAAACAAUGAUUGUCCAAAAUGUAAAUACUGGUUCCGACCUAGGCGAAAAUCAGUUCGAUGUGCAAAUUCCCGGAGGUGGUGUUGGAAUUUUCACCUUAGGGUGCUCAACUCAGUGGAAUUCUUCAACAACUGGCUGGGGCGCUCAAUAUGGUGGAAUAUCAUCCGACGAUGAUUGUGACGAACUUCCCACUGAAUUACAAUCUGGGUGCCACUUUAGAUUUGGCUGGUAUGAAGAUGCUGACAAUCCCACAGUUGAUUUUGAACAAGUCGAAUGUCCAUC